CCCUGAGGGGGCGCUGUGGGGCGGGAACAGCUGUGGGGCAGGAACGAGCGCCAUGGGGGGACAGCGGGAAAACUACUACGGGAAACACGGAACUCCACAGAAAUAUGACCCAACGUUCCGAGGUCCCGUCUACGACAGGAGCUGCACGGACGUCGUGUGCUGUGUGGUGCUGCUGGCGGCCAUCAUUGCUUACGUGCUGGUCGGUGUGGUGGCCUGGACCCACGGAGACCCUCGCAAAGUCAUUUACCCGACCGACAGCCGCGGGCGGUUCUGCGGCCAACAGGGAACGGCCAACGCGAACAAACCCUUCCUCUUCUACUUCGACAUCGUCAAGUGCGCGAGUCCCUCCGUCCUCGUGACGUUCCAGUGUCCGACGACACAGAUCUGUGUCCGCCGCUGCCCCGAUCGCUAUUUGACGUUGCUGACGGCGCCGGCGGCCAACGAGAUGGAUUAUUACCGCCAGUUCUGCGUCUCCGGUGCCCAAACGACGUCGAAGGCGCCGCUGGAGCUCUUGAGGGACAAGGAGUGCCCGGCCAUGCUCAUCCCCAGUACUCCCCUUCUGCGCCGCUGCUUUCCCGCCCUUCGGGCCCAACAGGGUGUGGUCAUGGUGGGCAAUCAAACCACCUACGAUGACGGCCGCGGCCACCGCCGCAACGUCACCGAUCUCCUGGAAGGCGCCAAGAAAGCCAACGUGGUGCUGGAGGCGCGGCAGUUGGCCAUGAAGAUCUUUGAGGACUACACGGUGUCGUGGUAUUGGAUAAUCAUAGGCCUCGUCAUCGCUAUGGUGAUCAGCCUGAUCUUUGUCGUCCUGCUCCGCUUCGUGGCCGGGAUCAUGGUCUGGGUGAUGAUCGUCAUGGUCGUCCUGGUCCUCGGCUACGGGAUCUUCCACUGCUACAUGGAAUACGCCAAACUGCGGGGGACGGCCGGCUCCGACGUCUCCUUGAAGGACAUCGGCUUCCAGACCGACCUCCGCGUGUACCUGCACCUGCGGCAGACGUGGUUGGCCUUCCUGGUGAUGGUGUCGGUGCUGGAGGCGGUGGUGCUGUUGGUUCUGGUGUUCCUGCGGCGCCGCAUCAUGGUGGCCAUCGCGCUCAUCGAGGAGUCGGGCAGGGCCGUUGCUCACGUCAUGACGUCUCUGCUCUUCCCGUUGGGGACCUUCUUUCUGCUCUGCCUCUGCCUCGGCUUUUGGGCCACCACCGCUGUCUUCCUGUCCACCUCCAACGAAGCCGUCUACAAAGUCUUCAACGAAAGCGUCUGUCCGUUCUCGGGGCAAUCGUGUGACCCGGAGACCUUCAACACGACCAACGUCACGCGCUUCUGCCCCGACGCUCAGUGCCUCUUCGCUUUCUAUGGGGGCGAAACCUCGUACCACAAAGCCCUCAUCGCUCUCCAGUUCUUCAACCUCUUCAUGUUCUUCUGGUUGGCCAACUUCGUCCUGGCGUUGGGGCAGGUGACGCUGGCCGGCGCCUUCGCCUCUUACUAUUGGGCCUUCAAGAAACCCGACGACAUUCCCGCUUUCCCGCUCUUCUCCGCCUUCGGACGAGCGCUCCGGUACCACACGGGGUCGUUGGCCUUCGGGUCCCUCGUCCUCGCCGUCGUCCAAAUUAUCCGCGUGGUGUUGGAGUACCUCGAUCACAGGCUGAAGGCGGCGGAGAACAAAUUGGCCAAAUUCCUCUUGGGUUGUCUCAAGUGUUGCUUUUGGUGCCUCGAGAAGUUCAUCAAAUUCCUCAACCGCAACGCUUACAUCAUGAUCGCUGUCUACGGCACCAACUUCUGCACCUCGGCCAGAAACGCCUUCUUCCUCCUCAUGAGGAACAUCAUCAGAGUGGCCGUUUUGGAUAAAGUCACCGAUUUCCUCUUCUUUCUCGGCAAACUCCUCAUCGUGGGAAGCGUCGGAAUUCUCGCCUUCUUCUUCUUCACCCAUCGGAUCAAACUGGUGGAGGACGCGGCGCCGUCCCUCAACUACUACUGGGUCCCCAUCCUGACGGUGAUUGUGGGUUCGUACCUCAUCGCUCACGGCUUCUUCAGCGUCUACGGGAUGUGUGUGGACACCCUCUUCCUCUGCUUCUGUGAAGAUCUGGAGAGGAACGAUGGAUCCCAGGAGAGACCUUACUUCAUGUCCCCCGCCUUGAGCCGGAUCCUGCUGAAGGGGCCCCCGGAGCCCCCCAAAAGCGCCGACGCCCAAGGAUAGGGGACGCUUCCGGCGCCGCAUCGCCGAACGCCGUUCCCCGACCCAACGGCACAACCCCACCCCCUCGGAUGCUCCUCAAAGCCUCCUUCCUCGGCUCAAUCCCUUCCUGCCCACUCCUCCAAAUCCCCGCCGGGGUCUCGGGGGUUGGCAGAGCCCGGCGAGGACCGGAGCAGCCGGGAAGCACCGGGAACGCGCGCCGCGAGCGUUGGGUUUCGCUUUGAAGUUGAGAUGUUGGGAAGUGGGAGCCGUGCGGGAGCUGCUCGGUGGUUCCACCGAUGGCACUGUGGGUUCAGCAGCCGAACGCCGAGCUCGGCGCCGUUUCCUUCUCGUUUAGACCUUUGCUUCCCACUUCCUUGAGCCCCUUCCACUCUACUCGGAGCCGCUUCCUUCUCCAUGGAACCUCUUCCCUCUCCAAACUCCACCCAAAGCCUCUUGGGCUCUUCGUUGCCUUUUCAGGGCUCCUCGUUCCGUUUUUUUGGGUUCCUCGUUCCCUUUUUAGGGCCCCUCAUUCCCCUUUUUGGCUUCUUCUUCCCAUUUUUGGGCCCCUCAUUGCCUUUUUUUGGGCUAUUUGUUCAAUUUUGGGGCUCCUCGUUGCGUUUUUGGAGCUCCAAAAUUGCCUUUCUUGGGGCUAUUUGUUCAAUUUUUGGACUUCUCAUGGCAUUUUUGGGCUCCUCAUUGCCUUUUUUGGGUUAUUUGUUCAGUUUUUGGUCUCCCCGUUGCCUUUUUUGGGCUAUUUGUUCAGUUUUUGACUCCUCAUUGCCUUUUUUGGGCUCCUCGUUGCCUUUCUUUGGGCUAUUUGUUCAAUUUUUGGACUUCUCAUGGCAUUUUUGGGCUCCUCAUUGCCUUUUUUGGGCUCCUCAUUGCCUUUUUUGGGCUAUUUGAUCAGUUUUUGGUCUCCCCGUUGCCUUUUUUUGGCUAUUUGUUCAGUUUUUCAGCUCCUCAUUACCUUUUUGGGGCUCCUCGUUGCCUUUUUUGGUCUCCCCGUUGCCUUUUUUGGGCUAUUUGUUCAGUUUGGGGCUCCCCGUUGCCUUUUUUGGGCUAUUUGUUCGGUUUUUGACUCCUCGUUGCCUUUCUUUGGGCUAUUUGUUCAAUUUUUGGACUCCUCGUGGCAUUUUUGGGCUCCUCGUUGCCUU